AUGCCCGCAAGCAAACGGCUCAGGCUGAGCAACGACACCGCCGAGCGCGCUGGAGCGAGCAAGGUAACUGCUUGGUCUAGCCAGAAUGUCAUCGUCGCGGCAUGUCAAGCAACACGAAGCUCUCCGGAACAUCUUCUCCUCACUGCCCUGCCCGUCGCGCGAGCAUGCAAGCCCGUCCGAAGGCGUAUAGAUCUACCUCGACGAGAUCAUGGAGACUGCGGACGGUGCAGUGUAGACGAGCUUUCCUUUGCGCCUGAUGGAUCACAUCUGCUCGUUCUUACCUCCCACACGUCAAGCGAGUCAGUCUUCAGAUGCAACCUCACGAUCCUAUGCGAGAGCGAGCGCGGCUGCGCAGAUGACUGGGCACUGCACUCGGACAUUGAAAUCGCUCCGCGCGCCGAUGGCAUGCCAGUUCUCGGCGUGCUAGCUCAUGAAUGGCUCGAUGGCACGCGCAAGGUCUAUCUCGAACAUGAUGGCGACAAGCCACUCAUCGGACGAGCAAAGCCUCGCGGUCCACAGACCGUGCAAGGCCUCACGCUGAUGCUGCUCCUCGAUACGGAUGAGCUGCUAUACGUACAACUUGGUCCACCCGCAUCCGCCCAGGUCGCCGCGGCUAUGAAACCACGCGCAUUGCCGUCUGUGACUCUGACUCGUGUCGAUCUGUCUACAGCGUCAGAACAGAUGCUCGGCGCCUCACCGCAGACCGUCAGCCACGGGAGCAAGCGCCUCACAGCGGGCGCAUUCGGCCCGACUCUGUAUGAGAGCGUGCUCAUCGCACGACUGACAGACGAGCUUCGAGUGUCAGAGCUCACCAUAGAUGGCAAAAGCCGAUUGACAAUAUCGCCAAUGCCGGCAAGAGCACUUGCAGUCUGCCGAGAUCCGUCUGGCUCACGUCUAUGCUGGGCGAACGAUGACCUUGGUACUCCGAUCAUGAUUGCUACACAGCAUCUCGGUGGUCGUGAACGCCUCAGAUCCUUCACCUUUCACAAAGAAACAGAGGAUCUCGUCACUACUUUCGACUCGCUCGAAGGCGGCCCAGCAACUUUGAUACAGCCUGUAGCUCGCUGGCGCAUAGCAAAGAUCACGGCUAUACGCGAGCUCGACGGCGACAUGAGCGAAAUACGACCGUCAACAACGGGCAAUCAUUCAUGUCUGGAGAUUGUCCUGUCAAAAGCCAACUCUUGUGAAUUGCUUAGCCUACAAUCCUCUACCUUGAUCGAACUUUCUCGAACGUCACUACCGACGAUGUCAUUUGCAGCCCUUUCGCCUUCUCGCUUAGCCGUGGCUUCGCGAGAAGACACCGCAUCUCGGAUCCAGAUUCAUAGUCUCUUGAAUGACUCGCAAGCAAUCGCGCAAGCUACCGAAGCCCUGCAGCUUUCCAUAGCGUCCCUGAGCGAUCCCUCGGACGUGCUGCAUGUACUUCUCGUCAGAGGUCUGCCUGCCGCAGAAGUCAAGCUGAUCAUGACGGCACUAUGGUCAACACGGGAGCCGGCUAAGGCGGACUACUGUGCGCUCAUCGAGACGCAUCUAGCAUUGCUCAGGCUUUGUGGUGAUUCAGAUCCAGCCGAUGUUGCCAUCCUCGCCAGCUUACUGAGCAACCGCCACUCAUUGCUGCUCGUCGUCCGCGCGCGUACAGAUCCCGCGCUCGUCUGGCCUGUCAUCGGCCAUGCCAAAUUUGUCUGUGACGAUGUGCUCCAAGCUCUUCAUCAGGCCAAGGGAGAUGCGGCACCCCCCAAAGCAGCCUCUUUCCGUCUAGGCCAUCCUCUCGCUCGUAAAAUGGUGAUGCAAAUCCUGCAGCAACUUCGUAGCUUCCGUCAAGAACUCGCAAUGGCUGUCGACACUGCUCCGACGUCCUUCGAGAUCGGUCGAGCAGUCUUGGCGGAUCAGUCGCGAUCUGGCGGGGCGGACAUCUUUGAAUUGCUCAGCAAUGCUUUGCAGGCCAUAGACGAAGCGCUAGGUACCGACGCCAUUCUGUCGGCCGAUCAAGCGCGUGCGAGUCUCUACACUUGCGACUUACCAGACGAGACGAUCGCAGCGCUGCGACAAUCCGUCGAGAAGCUCAUUUUGCCGGAGUUGAGCAUCUCAGCAGCGAAAUCAAACAGACGGCUCGACGCAGUCACUCGGGCCAUUUUGGGUAGUGAUGAUCGCGGCGCGCGAAGAGCGCAGCGGAGUGGGCAGCGAAGCCUAGCGGAGGCGCGUCUUAGCCGCAGACGAGCGCCCUGCGGCGGAAGAUGGCUUCACGCAUAG